AUGCUGACAGCUGAGAAGCAGGUCAGUCAGGUUCUUGGGUGCUCUAUUACACAAGCAAGAUUGGGCCAGCUCCACCAAAUUUUGUUUCUGACACCCUCCUGCCCAGUGGGACAUUGUCAUACUUCACCCCUCUGCUUUCUCUAAUCCUCGGCAGACGCGUUGCAGCCAGGACAGCUGUCUGUGAUAUUUUAGUUCCUGUUUGUAAAUACCUCCAAAACCUGAAGAUCCCCCUUAAUUACACCAGUACCAAAAAAGCCUACAAUGUUGACCUCAGCCAAAAUUCUGUUGAUUUCAAAAAUGUUUAGUUUACUACUAAUUGGAAGCCUUGGGGAAGAAGGUCUAGAAAUAAACACAACACAAAGCAUUGCAGCAGGCUUAAAAGCGAUGCAAAAUGCAUCUGUUCCUUUGGAAAGUGAUGCAAAUUUAAGCUCAGAUAAAGAAAAUAGAGAAACCUCCAAUCCCAAGACAAGUAAUUCCUCUCUUUGGGAUCCAUCAAAUAAAAACCAUGGAACAACAGAGGUCUUUGGCAAUUCAUCGACAAACAACUUUUCUGGGAAUCCAAGAUCCACGCCUACGCUUCCCACAAAUCCUCCCUUGAUCCAAGGCUUUGUUUCUAAAUUGCCUCAGAACUCAUCUAUAGCAGACGAAAAUCCUCAGCCUGUCUCAGCACCUCCCGAUGCUACAUCUGCUCCAUCUUCAGAAAAGUUCACUUGGUCUUCAGCCAGUGAUACCAUGAAAACUCCUGACAACAGUUCCAUUUCAAUUAGCAUCCUUCCUGCAGCACCAAACACCACGUCUGCGUCCCCCAUGAUAACGGAACCAGAUGAAUGGCUCACCACAACCAGUGACAGCUUCGUAGGGUUUACUCCUUAUCGAGAAACGACCACUCUACAGCCCACCUUAAAGUUUACCAAUAAUUCAAAACUCUUCUCAAACACAUCAGACCCCCAAGAAGAGAAUAAAAAUACAGGAGUAGUAUUUGGGGCCAUUUUAGGUGCUAUUCUGGGUGCUUCAUUACUUACUCUUGUUGGCUACUUGCUGUGUGGAAAAAGGAAAACAGAUUCAUUUUCCCAUCGGCGACUUUAUGAUGACAGAAACGAACCAGUUCUGCGAUUAGACAAUGCACCGGAACCUUAUGAUGCGAGUUUUGGGAACUCUAGUUAUUAUAACUCAACUAUGAAUGAUUCAUCUAUGCCAGCAGGCCGAGAAAAUGUACGUGACGGCAUUCCUAUGGAUGACAUACCUCAACUUCGUACCUCGGUAUAAAACCAAGAGGAAAGGCUUCUGACGGCAAAUGAUCGCCUACAUCCUAGUCUUUUCACAAACCCAUCCUCCAAAAGCUGAAGCAAGAUCACUGUCAUGUGGCCUGUGCCAAGGAGAACCAUAAAAGCAAGAGACUAGUAGCAGAAACAUAGACGAUAAUCUGAAAGGUUUCCUUUCUUACCAUUUUUGGCUGUGCUGAAUCAUCUACUGAGUAACCUUAAUUUGUAUUUUGGUCUAUUUUAUUGUUAGUAGGAAACGUUUGUGGGAAUCAGGUGAAACUAAAGAGUUUCAUCAUGACUGCCCUGCCUGAUAAUUUAAUUAACCCUAUACUCCUAAUGCCAUACAUCAAGAUUGUCACUCUCUUCAAGGAACAGUGGAAGAGUAAUUUAUUUUUAAUGUUGAUUUAAAACAAGAAAGAGAGUAUACAGAGUUUCUGUGCCUGGGAAAUUAAAGUAAUAGGAGUGAGAGAUUGUUCUCUAGUACAUUUAGUUUUCCUAUAUCAGCACAUCCAUGGUAAGCCCCUUGAGUUGCCAAGUUGACAAUGACAUUGCCUUCAACAGGGCCAUGGUUGGAAAACUGACCCUAACCAGGAAAAGAAUCACUUCUCUUCAAGAGUGGGAAAUUCUAAACUGUUUUAUUUUAGGCCUCAAUUAAUUGGGUGCUUUAAAGACUCAAUGAGAAUCAUGGGGGGAAAAGUCAGCCAAAGCAUAUAUUUGUACAUAAUUUUUACAGUUUUAAGAUGUUAAAUAAGAGCAAGAUUUAUUAUGUAUUAGGUAUCAUUGCUUGAUCAUAUAUGGAAUAGAUUCUGUAUCUCUAAGUGUAUAAAGUAUAAGGUUAAAAAUUGAUGAAUGGAAAUAUUACACAAACAAAAAUUUUUGAGCAUCACUUUUACAAGCAGAAAUACAAUAAGUGUCAUUUGGAUUCAUAUGACAUCUUUCAGUCAUAUGUUUGUUCUUAAUUACCACCUGCUUUCAGCAGGAAAAAUACACUUCUUAGUAUAGGAAGGUUGAGGUUUUAGGGACUAGAGGAUUAGAUCAAUAGUUAAAUUCCCAAAGAAGCGCUGAAUGUGUGAAGAGGGCAAACAAACCAAGAGGUCUCACUGUUAAAUGGACAUGUGUGUGCCUGCACAUGUGUGUGUGAAGAAACACAGCAGUAGCCUCAGAAAAUGAGGACCAGGAAUUAAGUAACAGAAGAACUUACUUACCCCAUAUUGCCAUAAAAAUAGCAAAGAAGACCGUUCCUCCAUUAUCAAACAAAUAUGUCACCUUAAUGGAAAACAAAGCAAAAAUAUUAGUCACAUAUUGAUUAUAAUAAUCUAGUGAUUGCCAUCUACAUUUAGAUUCUAUGAUUUUUUUUCCAAAAGGAAUCACAUUAUUUUAUGAUUUGUAAAUAUGAGAUGUGAGAUCCUUUCAUGGGUCCUGAAACUGUUUCAUAUGAUUUUCUCUUUGGGGAGAUGUAAGGGAUCAGCAUUCCCCUCCCCCCUUUUCUUCUUUCUUUCCUUUUCUUCCCUUUGGACUUCACCUUCAAUUUCUGCUUAGAAGUGGCUCUAGUACCCUGAGGAAGUAUUUGUGGGGCAUAGAUGGUCAAGGUAAAGUUAGCUUUUCAGUUGAGGCAUACCUAGCUGCACUUCCUGUCAGCAAAACGUCCAGGACUGAGGAAGUUGCAAAAUGAAGAAUUCCACCUAUGAGCCAGAACUUUCAGUGGAAAGUAUCACAGUGCUAUCCCUACUUUCUGACAUCUUUCAGAAUGUGCCAUGGGUCCAAUAGUGGCUAUGAGUUGUUUUUUUUUUUUUUUAAGAAGUUUCACAUAUCACUUAAGAUUUAGGAUAUAGUCCGAGUGUUUUUGAAUCAGACAUUACCUGAAUUUUUAUAAAGAACAAAAAAUUGUAUUGCUGAAUACAAUAUUCAUGGUUGCAAAGAUUGAUUUUAAUAAAUUGUAAAUUCAACUUA